CUACCUGCUUCGGCAAAUUGGUAUUGCACUACUGUCAGCCAAUGCACGGACAACGGAAUAUAUGUUUUUGGAGGUAGAAACGAUAUUUAUUUGUAUCGGCUUCCACAACGAGAUGAUCGAUUAGGACCAGCUCAAUUUCAGUGGAUUGGGAUCAUGUCGUUGCAUACUGGUCGUAUUACUUGUUUGCAACUUAGCCGAAAUGGUGCUCAGCGUUUAUGCGUUAGUGGUGGAGAAGACAAAAAAAUUAUUCUAUGGGAUAUAGAAUCACGCCAUUUUAUUGCAAAACAUGAAAAACAUCAGGCUAAAAUCACAUCCUUGUCUGUCUCAAAAUCAACCAGCAAAUGGAUCAUUUCAGGUGAUGAAAAAGGUAAUAUUGUUUGCUGGGAAUUAGCGGCGCAACGAUUUAUCAUUGGUUCACUAAGAAAAGACUCAAUUAGCUGUAUUCAGUUGUCACCUCACGAUCAGAGCGACUUUGCGUUAGGUUACAACGAUGGAACUAUCAUCGUUGCUAACAUUAAUGCCGAAAGUGGGCACAUUUCCCACAAGCUAGAACUGAAAGGACAUCAAAGGCAAAUCACUUGCUUAAAUUGGUGCCCUGUGGUUGGAGAUCAUUUCGAAACCGGCUCAAAUCGAGGUAACUUUUUAUAUUGUACGUUAAUAACACAUUAUGAAAUACUCUACUUUAUUCAUCUCACUGUAGACGUAUUACUGGCCUCUGCUUCGAGAGAUAGAUUAUUUCGGAUAUGGAAUGUUUAUAAGAGAGAAGUUAUAACAGUUGUUAAAAUGCCCAACAAAAUUAAUGGUGGCGCACGCAAUUGGUCAAAGACGGUUGAUUUAGAAAAGCAAGCAAAGAACUGGAUAAGUCUGCUAUGGUUACCUUGGAACUUGAAUCAUAUUGUAUCCAAUUAUCAUACAGGCAAUGUGUUGCUAUGGGACUUGACACAUUAUAAAAAGCCAAAGCAUACUGUCUUUGACGAUCAAGUGAAUCAUUGUCAUACCAGACCAGUAUUCAACAUUUCUUACUAUUCAUCUGAACAACAGAACUAUCUAGUAACGUUCUCAUUAGACAGACAGAUCAUCUGUUGGGAUGCAAUUAAAUUGCAGCCCAUUUCUGUCCUACCAACCUUAGGUGGCUGGGCGCAUUGCGUUCGAAUAAGUCCACUGACGUCGUCUUUAAUAGCUGGUGGUCUUGGCGAUAAUUGCAUUAUUACUUGGAAAGUAUCAGAUAAAGAAACAUGCUACGACAGUCGCAUACUAUGGCAAGGCAUAGACUCUAAAGUUACCGUGAUUAACUGGCAUCCUGAAAAAGAAGGCUUGCUAGCCUUUGGGACUGAUAAAGGCAAAGUUGGUAUCUACAAUAUACUAUCUCAAAGUUCAAGUGCUUCUUGGUCAUAUCACAAGGGCACAGUGUACUCCUUAAGUUGGGGACCACAGUGUACUUUUAGCGACAAAGAAUUGACAUCAUCCAGUACUAAAUUAAUGUUAUAUAGUGUUGGAGGAGAUGGUAUAGCUCUACAACAUAAUACGCAGCAUAUGGAAAGUCAUGCUUCUAAUAUUAAUGAUAUUAUUGCCAAAACGAAUGAUAUCCAGCAAAAAUUUCCUUUAAGAAGCGAGUUAGCUUGGAAACCCGACUUGACUUUGUUAGCUAUUGGCAAUGAUGAUGGAUUAAUCGAAAUUUUUCAAGCGCCCAAUCUCGAAAGCCUUUUAAAAAUACAGUGCCAGAGUAGAAUCGUAAACUGCUUGCAAUGGCAUCAUCAACACUUUGCUAAUGAUGAACAACUUGACGUGACGUGUUGGUUGGCUUCCGGAUCAAACUCUAUGACCGUUUAUAUCCAUGAUAUUAAACAAUUACAACUGCAAUCAUCGACUGUUGUAACAACAAGUUAUAAACAGUUACGAGGUCAUCAACAUCGCGUUACUGACAUCAGUUGGAGUCCUCACAACGCGUAUCAAAUUGCUACUGCGUCUUUUGAUUGGUCGAUUAAGGUCUGGGAUAUUACCAGUUGUCAAAUUAUCGCAAGUUACGUUAGCCACUUGGGAAGAAUACUAACGGUCGCUUGGAGUUUUCGAGAUCAGGAUUUAAUAUAUUCUGGUAGUCAGGAUUACUCUGUGCAUUUUUGGAAAGUUUCC